CUUCCCGGCACAGGCCGGCCAUGGGGGGCAGCCUGCGAGUGGCUGUCCUGGGCGCUCCGGGAGUGGGCAAGACGGCCAUCAUCCGCCAGUUCCUGUUCGGUGACUAUCCCGAGCGCCACCAGCCCACGGACGGACCCCGCCUCUACCGUCCCGCGGUGCUGCUCGAUGGCGCUGUCUACGACCUGAGCAUCCGCGACGGCGACGUCGCUGAUCCCGGCCUGAGCCCUGGAGCCUCCCACCCCCAGGAGCGGCCAGACCCUAAGGACUGGAGCUUGCAGGAUACCGACGCCUUCGUGCUUGUCUACGACAUCUGCAGCCCGGACAGUUUUGAUUACGUGAAGGCCUUGAGACAGCGAAUCGCGGAGACCAGGCCGGCGGGCGCGCCCGAGGCUCCUAUCCUCGUGGUUGGCAACAAGCGGGACCGGCAGCGGCUGCGCUUCGGACCUCGACGAGCGCUGGCCACCCUGGUGCGCAGGGGCUGGCGCUGCGGCUACCUCGAGUGCUCUGCCAAGUACAACUGGCACGUGCUGCGUCUCUUCCGCGAGCUUCUACGCUGUGCUCUGGUGCGCGCACGUCCUGCGCACCCGGCCCUGCGCCUGCAGGGGGCGCUGCAUCCAGCGCGCUGCAGCCUCAUGUGACCUGAUUGGAUGAGACUGCUCAACUUCACACGGACUGGACAAGGCAGUCUCCUCCCUGACUGGAUAAAGAAUCGCUCCUGGGCGACAGGCCUCUCUUUGAACUUCAUUGAACACCCACCCUGGACAAAGAUAACUUCUUUCUGGGACCUCAUCAGAUCAGUCCCACUGGAUAGAAAGGGCUUGGCUAUGAAUCCGAUUGGAAGCCCUGAGGCUGCCCCUGACACUUCACUGGACACACACUCUAGCGAGGUAAUAAACAAUUUAUAGUG